CACCCGCCGUCCCCGCAGUCAAGCGAGAGGCGACAGCUAGCCAGCUGCGCGUCUUGUGUUUUUCGGAUUUUGCGGUGCGAUCGACGUUCCUUUCUUAUUUUGUUGUUAUUUAUAUAAAAGUAAUCAAGUUUAAUUAGACAAGCUACGCGUGUGAACUUUAUGUAUGCAACACUGAAAUCUAACAAGUCUGUGAACUUUUGCAGUGCAUUGUGACUUUUAAAAGUGUUCAAUACAUGGAUACCUGUGUCUUUUGUCUGUAAAACAGUGGAUGAUUAUACGAGAGGUGGUGGUAUUUAGUUGUUCAGUACGUUAUUGUCAGAUCUUGUGCCCGUGGACCCAACAGUGUGACCAGUGAUUGUUGUCGUGGCCGGUUUCCAGUGAGGAAACUUUCCAAACGUGCAUAAAACAGUGGGUAAUGCUUUCCUAGCGAAUGCGGGCCCUGCCUGCACGCAUUCCGUAGGGAAGCAAGUGCCGGCAAUAAGCAUUUUACGAGAGGCGAGCGGCGCGGGUGGCGGGGCGGGCAGCGUUGGGCUGCUGGCCAUGAACGCCACCCAGGUGCAGUGCGAGCCCCACGACUCGGUCGUGCUCAUUAAAUAUGAGCAUCGGUCAGCUGGCGGCAGUUGGGAGGAGCCAGUGAGCGCCGUGCGGAAUACACCGCUCCGGCGCUCACAGCGGCUCAACUCGACCCUGGACUCCAGGAGCAGUGGCCAGUUACGCAACACGCUGAGCCGGGCUCGCGAACUGUGCGAGCGAUGGCGAAGCGGCGGUGGAGCGACUCCUGCGCCGCCGGCACCCCCUCCCGACGACGAGGGAGGGGGACGGCUGGCCCGCUGGUUCAGCGUGAGACGGGGAUCCUCGCACCAGUACGACAUGCAUGGACACGAGACCGACAAGAUGCCCAAAUUACCCGAGUUGGAGGAGGACUUGUUCUCAUGCGGCGGCGAGGUGCGAGGCGGGCGCGUGCCGCCGCCGUCGCUGGGCGCGCCACCGGACUCGCUGUCGCCGGUGCAGCUGCGGCGCCGGCAUGUGGUGGCUGCCAUCAUACACAGCGAGAACUCCUACGUAGCCACGCUUCAGAGGCUCAUCAAUGACUACAAGAAACCCCUCGAGGAGAGUAGCCCAGCAAUCCUGAACGCAAGCAAAAUCCAGACACUAUUCCAUCGGCUUCCAGACAUCUUGCAGUGUCACCUACACUUCCGCACAGCGCUGGCUGAUUGCGCGCGAACGUGGGACCGCGAUGAAAAAAUUGGCGAGGUCUUCAUGAGCGCGUUCUCGAAAGCCGUUGUGCUGGACGUGUACUCUGAUUUCAUCAACAACUUCUCGGUUGCCAUGGAACUGGCCAAAAUGGAGUCCAAGAGGAAAUCGGCGCUAGCUGACUUCUUCAAAGUGAAGCAAAUCAGUGCUCACGACCGACUGUCCUUCUUCGGGCUGAUGGUGAAACCUGUGCAGCGGUUUCCGCAGUUUAUUAUGUUUUUACAAGACUUACUAAAACACACACCCCCGGGCCAUUCGGACCGGGUCUCCCUACAACGUGCCUUGACGAGGCUAGAAGCUCUAGCCGAUGCCUUGAACGAGAGGAAAAGGGACGCUGAAAGGACACAGGCUUUCCGCGCGGCACUACGUCGUCUGACACGCGGCGGCGUGGCGGGCGCGGGCGGGGCGGGCGGCGCGGCGCGGUUCGGUGCCGCACGACUGCUCGCCUCUAGAGCUGAUAAACGACAUCUGUUACGGCAAGACGACUUGCUGCAAUUGGAAUUCAACCAAUCGGGCGGCUUAACAAAAUGCAAGCCGCGUCGUCUGCUACUACUGAACGACUUGGUAGUGUGUGUGUCUGUGGGCGCCGGCAGCGACGACGCCGAGCGGCUCGGCCUCAAGUGGGCACAUCCCGUGCAGGACGUCGAGGUGCUGGAUACCGGCACCUCGCCUACACUCAGCAGGGUUUUGGCUCAAGGCAUGAACCGCAGUGGCAGUCUCCGCUCAAACAGCAGCAGUGGCAUGACGGCAUCGACAGGCGACUCUCUCUGCAGCGAGAUGUCUGCGCUCAUGCACGACUACGAGGUGGUGUCCCGCAUGGCAGACCUGGCCGCGUCUCUGCGCAUGACCUACCCGGAGCUCGCGUCCGACACCUUCCGAGCUCUGCUGCAGAACAUACAGCGGAGUAUACAGAAAAAAGACGACGAGAUGGCGUGGAUGGACUCAUGCUGCUUACAACUGACUAUCCGUGGUCGUGAGGAGCCGCUAACAUUCCGGGCCAGUGAGCCCGGGGCCCGGCUGGCCUGGGCCACGGAGCUGCGCUUGGCCCAGCUAGCCCAGGCCUCGGCUAACUCACCCGCAUGGCGCCUGCCCUCGCAGCUUGCGCCCGCGCAUAAGAUGCCGCUCUUCGUUGCUGCUACGCCCGUGUAUUCGUCGAGGCAGCUAACUGAGGUCCGUUGCGGUUGCUUCUACACGUCGUGCGGCGGCGGUCGCGGCGCGUCGCUGCGGCGGGCGCGCUCGCUGCUGUGGGUGAGCGCGGCGGGCGGCGCCCACAGCCACGUGGCCGUGCUCACGCACCGCGCCGCCAAGCUCAAGACGCUCGUCACGCUCGACCUGCCCGACACCAAGGUUACCUCAAUGGAACAUGCCCGCGGAGUACGACAAGCGACGACACUCUGCGGUGACACCGUGUGGCUCGGUACAGAAGAUAAGAAAAUUAUCAUAUUUUCUGCAAUCGAACCCGAAAAACAGGAAAAGUUGACUGAAGUCCCCACAAUCGCGUCGGUGACGCAGAUUCGUUACCACUGCGACGCGAUGUUCGUAGGACUGUCCAACGGGCGCGUGUCGGUGUACCGGCGGAACCACGACGACUCGUGGGCGCUGCAGGAGCCGCUCGCCAUCGAGCUCGGCGACCGCCCCGUGCACUGCGUGCUGCCCGUCGAUGGCAUCAUAUACGCCACCUGCGCCAGGCGGGUCUUCGCCAUCAACGCGCUCACUGCGGAGAUCAUGAGGAUACUUGAACUGAAAGGCGACGGCGACCGAUCCGUCAAAUACCUCGCGCACUCAGGAGUUGGCCUCUGGACAGCCUUCUCGGAUUCGACGUACGUGAGUUUGUAUCACGCUGAAACUUUUGAACACCUUCAAAAUAUUGACAUCGCAGCCGAUGUUGCGAAAACUAUAGGGGCACGAGAAGGAAGCAAACCCGCGUAUGUGUCGGCUUUGCUCGCGUGCCAGGGACUGCUGUGGGUGGGUACCACUGCCGGCAUCAGCGUCACAGUGCCGUUACCAAAGCUCGAGGGUCUGCCGCUCAUCGGCGGACACAUCGCCGCGUCGUACCACGCGCACGCGGGACCCGUGUCCUUCCUGCUGUCGCUCAUGCCCGAGACCAGGGACGUGGACGUCAACACGGUGCGGCGGAACUUGUCCAACGCCCGCGCCCUCGCCGAGACCGUCAACACUUUGCAUGAAUUCAAAGAAGAAGACGGCAAGGAAGACAACGACAAACCCAAAUUGGAGAGGCGGAUCUCAGAAGAAGCGAGCCCGUACCGACCGCAGCGCGUGCAAUCCGCCGUCGUGCGACGGAAGAAGCCCGGCGACGUGCGCCUCAGCAAGACUCUACCCAAGUGCGCCAACUUGAACGCCUGCGACGUUUACGGCCUUUACGGAGACCUCAUGUUUGUGAAGGAUUGCGUGGGCGAGGCGGACGUGGGAGGGUCGGGAGGCGAGGCCCUGCGGCGGAGCGACCCCGAGCUGGCCGCCAUCCCCUUCCGCGUGAGCACGCUGGACCGGCGCCUGCGCAUGCGCGCCGGGCGGCCGCGGAGCCUGGACCUGUCGAGCUGGUCGGUGGACUCGCGCGCGUCCAGCCUGUGCACGUCGUCGGGCAGCGAGGAGUCGAUGGCGCUGCGCGGCGUGUCGCGCACCAGCUCGGGCGCGUCGGGCGCGGCGGCGCUGGCGCCCGUGGCCGCGUCCACGCCCGACUCGGCGUCCGGCAAGUCCAGCGCGUCGGAGCGGUCGCGCGACGCGGCGGAGACGCGCGCGGAGGCGCGGGAGACGCGCGGCGCGGCGCGGAGCCUGCGCGGCGCGGACUACGUGGUGGGCGAGAGCGCGGCGCGGCGCUCGGUGCUGACGGUGGUGGGCGGGCGCGGCUACGUGGACUGGCGCCAGACGGCGGACGCGGCGGAGCGGCCGCAGCCCGCCGCCGAGCCCAACCCGAAGGACGCGCACCUCAUCCUGUGGGAGAUGCGCUUGUGACCGCUCGGUACGCCUCCGCCGCGCGGACUCCACGCGGGGACUCUCGCCGCUCCCCGGGCGUCGCCCGCUCGACGGAUCCUAAGUUUAUUCUUGGCGAUUUAUGUGUCAUAUUUAAUUUGUCGAUGGCCUGUAAAUAUAGUGCUAAUACGUAAACUCGUUAUUUAAGGUUUUACACGAAUUUCGAAUACGAUGCUACUACACCCACACGUCCGUUAGCAUUGCACUGAAAUAAUUGUGAAACAAAUAUUUACAUUUGUAAAUUUAUGCGAAGCUUUAAAUUAUUUUUUGAAGUUAGAGCUACUGUCCGCUGGCUCGACGUUUACAUUGGUUUAGUACUAACACUUCAGAAGUGGUGCAUUAUUUUUGUGGUUGUCUAUUGAAAUGUUGAUAAAUUCAUAAAGAUUAU